AUGCGAGGCGAGAACGCGGGCGUCUUGAGCGCCAUGAGUGACAUGAGUGAGGUAUCAGACAGUGAGGAGGAGAUUCUACAUGUAAUGGAUCCAUCGGAUCCACGUGCACACAUUUCAACGCUUCCUGUCGUGCAGCCCACGCGUCGGAAUCAGAAAUCGUCGCGUUGGGACUCAGAUAAUGAUGAUAUUGGUGAACCAAUCAAAAAUGAGACGACGGAUCAGACGAAUCAGGUUCAAGACAUAAUCAAGAUUGAUGACGACGACUCGAGACCGUCACUUCAGACCAAGAAAAUGAACGUGACGCUGUCCAAAUGGGCACAAACUCGCUUUCUAAUGCCUGCAAGUCAACGUAAAGUAGCAAUAGUUGAAGAGCCUCCUUUGGAGCCACUUAAUGACUACAUUUUAAGUGACUUUAGCUCGAGAUUUCGCGGUGACGCAGGUGACGUGGACGUCGAAAAAGAGAUAAAAGCAGAAGAUGAGCAGGUGAAAACCAAGAUAAAACACGUUGGGGUGCCACUGUUUGAGGCGAGCACAGAGAAACAAAAAGAAGAUGAAGAGAAGCUGUUGAAUGAAGAGAAGAAGAACAAACACAAGAAGAAAACAGACGAUGGACGCAAACGGAAGGAAAAUAGAUACUUUAUUACCGAUCUGGCUACUAAAUGUUUCCACUGUGGAGAGGUGGGACAUAUGGCCAAUGUCUGCAUGAACGAUAAGCUGCAGCCGCCGUGUUACUACUGCGCAUUACGUGGACAUCAGGCGUGGGCGUGUCCCAAUCUGCCGUGUGCCAAUUGUCUGCAGCUGGGACAUGAGGCACGGAAUUGCAGCAAUCGGACCCGAAAUAUCGAGCCAUGCGGUAUUUGUGGACGUGCUGGACAUUCGAAAGACGACUGUGACAACGUGGGGAACCAAGAGCGAGUAACGUGCAUGGUGUGCACGAAAGUGGGGCAUCUGCACUGUGUACCCCUGCCGCCUCCUGCCGAUAGACGUGUGUACUGCCCUAAUUGCGCAGAGAAUCACACGCUUGAGAGAUGUCGUACGUAUAGUGAGCCAGGUGCGACCAACUUUGCUUCUCGGACAGCUAGUGGGCGCACUGUGCAGGCGUGCUUUGUAUGCAGCGAGGCUGGCCAUAUUGCUGCUGAGUGUCCUGUACGCUCCAAUGGCUAUGGUAGGGGCGGAGGCAACUGCUUUAACUGUGGUAAACCUGGACACUUCGCUGCCGAUUGCCACAACUCGAACAACAACAAUAAUAGCGGACGACAUGUUACUGGUCGCAAGCGCGGUCGGGAUGAAGAGGACAAGUACCCGGAUUACAAUGACGAUAACUACGAUGAAGACGAGGAUUACUACUCGUACGACAGGUCUUCUCAUGAGGGCAAGAAAAGCCGCAACAGAGGCGGUUCAUCGCGAUCCAGGAAAAGCUCCGGUAAUCAUGGCUAUGCGCGGUUGAGCGAGGCGCUACCAACAAGACCUAACAGAAACAGCAGGAGCUAUGGUGAACGCAGACAUAAUUCGCGCCGGUAG